AUGUCCGAGUGGAAGAAGCUUUUGCCACAGUACGACCCGCCGAUUUGGCCCGAGAACAAAGCGAAGCCGAACAAGCCGUUCUUCGUGGUAUGGAAUGCCCCUACAUUCCGCUGUGGACGCCGCUUUGGCAUGCCCAUGAACCUGGAUGAUUUCGGUAUCGUCGCCAAUGAUAUGGAACUGUUUCAUGGCGAUGUCAUCAACUUGUUUUACGAGUCACGCCUCGGUCUCUACCCCAAGAUGUUGAAAAACGGCCGAAGUUUUAACGGAGGCAUUCCACAAUUGGCCAAUUUCACGGCUCACUACGAGUGGGUGAAAGCGGACAUCGACUGGUAUAUACCGAAUAAGACGUAUGACGGCCUGGCUGUAAUAGACUGGGAGGCUUGGAGGCCACUGUUUAAGACGAACUACAGCAGAGACAAAAAGAGGUACGCCUUGAGAGCACUGGCCGUGGUCCGGAGUCAUCAUCCCUGGUGGAUGAUGUAUCACAUACACAGGAAAACAGAGAUAGAGUUCAAUAAAGCGGCAAGGCGGAUGAUGGAUGAGACCCACACAUUGUGUCAGAAACUACGACCUAAUGCUAAGUGGGGAUUUUACAUGUAUCCAACUUGUUUCAAUAACAAACCCGGUCAAAACUACUGCAAGAAAUCAACUCUACACCAAAACGACAAGUUACACUGGCUGUACAAGAAAAGUAAAGCACUUUAUCCCUCCAUAUAUCUGAAAAAGCAGCAGCAUCCGGAGUUUCAGCGUUUGUUUGUAGAGGGCGCUUUGAGGGAGACUUAUCGAGUGAGCAGACGACACGCCCAGCAGGAUGUCAUGAUUAUUCCUUACUCACGCUUCACAUAUCCCGAGAAUGACAAAUUUUAUAGCAAGGAAGAUCUGGAGAGCACGAUCGGUCAGGCCGCAGACUCAGGGGCUUCCGGUGUGGUUCUCUGGGAAAGUACUCAAAAUAUCCAGGACAAAGGUCAUUGUAAAAAUCUCCAGAGUUACGUUCAUAACGUGAUCGGACCAUUCGUCAAGGACGUACUCAAGUUAACAAAGAAAUGUAGCGAGAGCCUGUGUUUUGGGCGGGGCCGAUGUGUGUCCCGUCAGUGGAGUAGCUAUGGUUUAGUCAGCACUCAAAAAUAUAACCGUCACCGCUACAAGAGAUCCUCACCAGAUUCUACUGUCUUUUACAAAACAGAGGCAACGGUAUCAAACGCAACAUCGCCCAUCAGGGAUGUCAAUUCUAAACGGAUAUUUGAUAAAAAUGUAGUCAAUGGAAAUACCCACGUUGUUGAAUCUACAUCCACAGGUUUGUUCAACAAAUCUUCGUCACUUCUGGGAGAUAAGACAAAAGGACGUCUAGUGAACCUUUUGGAACCCGACGAUGAACUGGUCAUUAAAGGUACAGGUCAGGAUUGUAUAAACAAGCAGAAUCAAAAUGACGGCGACAACUGCACGCCGUUAAGAGUUUUGGGAAAUACUCACAUUCAAAGUAAUUUGAAAGUGGAACAGACGAGACUGGUAGAUUCCCGUAAGACGGUGAACAUCGUAGGCAAGCCGGAAAGGACUCUCCUGAAGAAGCCUUUGAUUGCCAGCAACAGAAUAGGCAGAAAAUCACGAAUGUGGAAGAGGCGGUAUUUGAUGAGGAAAAGAAAGCGAAUAUUAAGGCGUAGGAGAAUCCGCGUUCAGUUUAGCAACUAUGUCUGUCGGUGCUAUGAUGGAUGGACAGGUCGUUUUUGUCACAGACGAGAUGCCUCCUAA